AUGAUAUUACCAGAAUUACCAAGUAAAUGUAUAGAAUGUAUUAUAAAUCAAAUUGAAGAAAAUGAUAUCAAAACUUUACAUUCCGCCACUUUAGUUAAUCAUGAUUGGUGUAAAUUUAGUAUAGUACGAUUAUGGAGAGCUCCUUUAUCAUUUUCAAAUUUAAUCACAAAUUCAAAUCCAAAUUUAAAAAAUUCAAAUUCAAAUUCAACAAAUUUAACAACAAAAUAUCCUUUUAAUAAAUUUUAUAAAAUAAUACCAAUAUUAUUAUCAUUUCUUGAUUUAAAUUCUAAAAAAGAUUUAAAUAAUUUAUCAAAACAUUUUUAUAUACCAAAAGAUACUUCAAAUUUUUAUCCAAGAUUACAUUAUGAUUUAAAAAUUCCUAUUCAAGAUUUAAAAAUUCCUACAUCAUCAUCAUCAUUUGAUUAUCCCAAAUAUAUUAAACUUGUUAGUUUUGUUGAUUUGGUGGUAUUGGUAAAUAAAUGGUUAAAUAAUUUAUUAAGUGAAACAUUAUCAAAUUCUUCAAGGUUUCUCAAUUUUUAUUUAUAUAAAAGUUUAAGUGGUUGGGAAUAUCUUCGUUAUAUGACAAAUUCUAUUAAUUUUCAUUGUCCUUUUAUUAAUUUUGAUAAAAAUCCACAAAUUUUUUUUAAUUUUAUAAUUGAAUCUUUAUUUAAAAUAUUAUUUAAUUAUUCCAUGAUUGAUUCCCUUUAUAUAAUGGAUGUUUCAAUCAUCACAAAUCAUCUUUGUAAACAAUUAAUUCAAUUAGAUCAUAAUAAUAAUGAUCAAUUUUUAUCAAAUUUAUCUCAUUUUGAUUUUUGUCAAAUGAUUGAUUCAAGAAUAUUAAAAAAGAUUUCAAAAUAUAAUAUUAUUUCAAUAUCCUUAAGUAUCUCAUCGGAAGAUUCAUUUGAUGAUGUGAUCGAUUUUAUUAAUUCUCUUCAUUCUCUUCAAUCCGUUUCUAUAAUUGGUAAUAAUGUAAUUGUUACCCCAAUAAUUCAAUCUUUACAAAUUCAUACUUCAACUUUAAUUAAGCUUAAACUCAAUUCAUGCAUAAUUGAUGAUGACGCGAUUAAAAGUUUAUCAAAGUUUGAUAAUUUACAAGAUUUAAUCUUACAUCAAUUACAUUUUACAAUUGAUAAUGAUGAUGAUGAUGAUGAUGAUGAAAAUGAUGAUGAUGAUAUUAAUAAUAAUAUUAUUAUUUCAUUGAACUUUCCUAAAUUAAAAAAAUUAACAUAUUGGGAAUAUAGUUCAAAAAAUUCUUUAAUUACUUUUAUUAUAAAAAAUAAUGGACAUAAUUUAACUCAUUUGGAUAUACAUACAAGUAUGGAACGUUGUAUAAAAUUAUUUGAUUUAAUAUCAAAAAAUUGUUCUUCACUUAUUUCAUUAAUCACUCCAAUAUCUGAAGAAAAAGAUUUUAUAGCUUUAUUUUCUAUACUUAAACAUUGUAAAUUUUUAAAAAUUUUAUAUGUUUAUGAAUUUAAUAUUAUUAAAAUUAAUGAAGAUGUUAUAUUAUCUUUUAUUAAUUUUAUACCUGAUUCUUUAUUAUAUUUAAAAAUUAAUAAAUUAGAAUUUUCUCAAUUUAAAUUAGGUUAUCAAUUGAAAAAUUGUAGUAUUAUUUCGGAAGUUUUAUUUGGUAAAAAUUCUUUGGCUGUAAAAGAAUUUUUUUCAUCCAUAGGAAAUCAAGAGAUUAGGAGAUUAAGAGAUUAA